AUGAUAAUUAUACUCAGCAUUUUUUUUGCAAUAAUUUAAGCAAAUUCAAUAAGUGAGAUAAGAUCGCAUACUUUAAGAUUGCGUCCUAAUUAAAAUAUAGUUAAGGAAUUAUAAUAAUACAUUGAAACUAAUUAAAUAAAGGCAGCUUCAAUUUCAACUUGUGUUGGAGUAUUUAUUAAAAAAAUGAUUAAUAGUCUUUGUUGAAAUGCUCUAUCAGAUUUGCAAAUCAACCUUAAUUUACAGAAAUUAAUGGUCAUUUUGAAAUUGUAUCGCUUGUUGGAACAAUUAGUGUUUAUGGAUAACAUAUUCAUAUAAGUUUAUCUGACACAGAAGGAAAAAUGAUUGGAGGACAUUUGCCAUUUUAUGACAAUGAAUGCAUAAUAUAUACUACUGCUGAAAUAGUAUUACUUGAACAUAUUGAUACAAUCUAUGCAAGGAAAUUGGAUCCAACUUAUGGAUAUUAUGAACUAUAUAUAAUUUGA